AUGCUAAAACUCGUAGUACCAACAAUAAUGUUAAUCCCCUCCACCUGCUUCACACAUCACAAAACAAUCUGACUAUCACCAACAGCCUAUUCUACAGCCAUUAUCAUUUUAACCUUAAUUGUCCUAAACCCAGGAGAUAUGCUCAUAAAUACUAAUGGCCUCCUCUUGGGCAGCGAUCAAAUCUCUACACCUCUACUAAUCCUAUCAUGCUGACUUCUCCCACUCAUAUUCAUGGCCAGCCAAAGCUCCAUAUCCCAAGACCCAAACCCCCAAAAACGACUGUUCAUUACCGCCCUAGCCCUUCUUCAACUCGCCCUACUACUUGUAUUCAUGGCCCUAGACCUAAUAUUAUUUUAUACCACGUUCGAAGCAACCCUUAUUCCAACACUAAUGGUAAUUGCUCGUUGAGGCACCCAAACAGAACGCCUGGGGGCCGGAAUAUAUUUCCUACUCUACACCAUCACCAGCUCAAUACCACUCUUAAUAGCCCUCCUAUGAAUUUAUAACAUAAAAGGAACUCUAUCCAUCAUACUUCUCCAACUAAUAUCACCAAUAACACUCACAUUCUGAACAGACAUAAUAUUAUGGCUAUCCGUUCUACUCGCCUUCCUAGUAAAAGUCCCAAUCUACGGCCUCCACCUAUGACUCCCCAAAGCACACGUAGAAGCCCCAAUUGCCGGAUCCAUAGUCCUAGCCGCAGUACUCCUAAAACUUGGAGGCUAUGGAUUAUUACGAGUAACAAAUCUAUUAACAGAACAAAACAAUUCCUCCUACACCCUACCACUAACAGUAGCACUAUGAGGAUCACUCAUAACUGGCAUAAUCUGUUUACGACAAACAGACUUAAAAUCCCUAAUCGCCUACUCAUCAGUAAGCCACAUAGGACUUAUAACAAGCUCAAUCUUAACCCGAAACCAACUAGCCCUAUCUGGCUCAAUAACUAUAAUAAUCGCCCACGGCCUAACAUCCUCCAUACUAUUUUGUUUAGCUAACAUCACCUAUGAACGAACACACUCACGAACACUCCUACUAGCCCAAGGAGUACAACUUACCACCCCAACCAUGACCUCCUGAUGGCUACUAGCCUGCCUAACAAACAUAGCACUCCCUCCAACAAUUAAUUUCAUUGGAGAACUCACCCUUAUAAUCUCCUUAUUUAGUUGAUCAGACGUUACCAUCCUACUAACAGGGCUAAGCGCAUCCAUCACUUCAAUCUACACCCUCCACAUAUUCUCGUCCACCCAGCAAGGAACACUCCCCUCACACAUCAUUACAAUAACCCCAACACAAACACGCGAACACCUUCUAAUACUUAUACACUCCGCACCAUCACUUGCUCUCAUCAUGGCCCCCCAAUUAAUAUGCUCUCAAUAG